AUGUUGUACCAUUUCUACUGGAUUUGCCUCAUUUAUGGCGCAAAAGGUGCCGUCGACGUGGCAAUAGUUGACUGCAACAAAGGUGUUCCAGAUGGAGGAGGAAUGAUUCACCAACGACCAACGGUCCAUCCACAACUUUGUGCACGCAUCGACAUACCUGCGUGUAUUGCAAUAUUUGAUAUCAAGGGCAAUCCAGAAGAUGAAAACAAAGUAGGCGCGCAUUGUGAAGCUUUUACGUUGGAUAUGUGCGGAAAUCCAUCGCUUACUGAUUUAUCACUAAGGCGAUACCAGCAGAAAUGCAGUCUUUGGAGCGAAUGUUUUCAUUAUUUAAUGGUUACUACACUUGGCACAGAAUCUCGAAAACGCCUCUGUGAUCGCGAAACGUGUCUUCUAUCUUAUUUUCAGCAAUAUAAUGCUAAUGUUAAGGAGCAAACAUGGUUCUUAUAG